AUGGAAAACGAAUUCCAGUAUCUGGACCAGUUUGAUACAGUUCUCAUCGUCGACGAUUCCAGAUCCAUGGUCGGCAGACGGUGGGAAAUUGCGAGAAAGGCACUCGGUGAGCUCACCGUCGUUGCGGCCCAGUAUGACAGCGACGGAAUCGAGAUACAUUUCCUAAAUGAUCCCACUGUGCGGCAUGGGCUGACAACGAAAGAAGAGGUCAACGAGCUAUUUCAGAGCGUCACUCCGACUCCUGGAACGCCCAUUGGCCGUAAACUGGAUAGCCUGCUGACAGCCUACGUAAACAAUUUUGAAGAAUUACAACGCGAAGGAAAGAAGUUGAAGAAAGUAAACUACAUUCUUCUGACCGAUGGCGAACCAUCUGAAGCCAGAAAUUCGGAGUUGUAUCCUGAUAAAGUCAUAGUCAAGGCAGCGAAGAGACUCGACAAGUUAUACGCGCCCCAGGUGCAAAUUGGCAUUCAGUUUGUACAAAUCGGCCACUCCGUUGCAGCCACGCAGUUUCUUCAAAGCCUUGAUGGUGAUCUCAUGAAGAAAUAUAACAUCCGAGAUAUCGUCGACACGACUCACGCACGUGCAGGCCACGACCUUAGCGCGAAAGAUAUGAUUAAGAUUUUGACGGGUGGAAUCAACAGAAGUGUGGAUAAUCAGGACAUGCGUCGACGUACAUGA